CCUAAACUUUUUCGCGGUAACAGCUGUUGGCGAUGCAGUUAAGACCACGUGACUUCAGGUGCGCCAAAUCGAGUUAAAAAAUAUUUUUCACGCGAUAUUUGAAGAAAGCAGUUCUCCAAAAUGGUUUUGUGAGAAUGUUUUGAAAUAAAUGGCGUUUCCUCGUUCAAUUGUGAAGUUUUUCCUUAACGUUAAAAUUUUUUUACUUAAAUUGUAAGAAUUUUUUGAGUGUCUGCUAAAAUACAAACAAAACAUGAUUGGAAUAUUAUAUGCCGUAUUGAUGAUUUGGAUUUCAAAUUUACCCGUUAAUUCUUUACAAGACGUUGUUUUCUUACAAGCUACAUCUAGUGAGUUUUCUCCCAGUAAAGAAUUUAUUGCUGUCUUAAAUCAAUGCGAUAAAGAAACUGCCACAAAGUGGAAAAAUGAUUUUCAUGAUUGCUUUCUGGGAAAGAAAUAUGACGAUGGCGGUAGGAAUUUGGAACACAUUAUAGAUAGAAUCCUAAGUCACGCGGAAGCAUGCGUGGAAACUUCAGACAAAGAAUGUAAACCCGAUUUUGAAGAUUUCAAGAUGAUUUUCAGUGAAGUCUUGGAGCAAAUGAAGGAUUAUUCAAGCAUGUAUCUUGACGAAAUAUAUUCUGGAAGAGAGAAAAUAAAGGAUUUAACAUGUGUGGAAGACACAUUAUCCAUGAAUGGAUAUGAGAGAUGUUUCAGGGAUCUUCCAGCAGCCAUAAAUGAAAGUGAAUAUGAAAUUCAAAGUGCAGUGACGAAAGGAAUAAGAUGCACAAAUCGAGAAAACAUCGAAUGUAGUAAAGAAGCUAGGACCAGCCUAAAUAGGAUUGUUAGAACAUUAUUCGGAAUAGAGCAACCACCUGAAGAAGAUGAGAUGGAUGAAAAGCCAGAACCACCACCCCCUAAAAUGUGGUACGAUUAUGUUGCGGAACCAUUUGUGACAGCUUGGAUGGCAGUCAAAAACUUCUUUGUAAGAACAUUUGGAUAAUUUUACGGCUUCACAGUGUUAUUACACGGGAAAAUGACUCCAUUUUUUUAAUAAGUUUAAAGGCCUUUUUUUAAAAACUGUUCAAGAAAUUCGCAUCAUCAAGACCAAGUGUCAAUGGUUCUGCGAACAUUAGAUUAUUCUAAAAUUUUUCAUUUUAGAUAAUAUUCUUCUCAUUUUUUAAAGAUUUUUACAAUUUUUCAGUGAAUUAAAAUCAUGUGAUGUUCAAGCUUUAUAAAAAAUUGUACUUGUAGUGAUUUUGAAAUAAUUAAUAAAAUGUUAUGUUUCAUCGUUUUAA